GAAGGGGAUAUGGCCAAAACACCCUCUAGAGGGAGAUGUUUGUUAAUUUUAUAUUUAUUGAAAAAGUGAUUUUACUCACUUCCCAAAACCGUUCUCUACAAUACCUUUCAUACCAGCCUUCGAGAACCCCUUUUAUAUAUGUUCUGUCGACUAUAUAUAUACCACCAUUCCAAUACUCCUUUUACCAAUCUCAACCUUCCCCUCUCCACAAUCAUAACUUAUAUUAUUGAGAUUAGAGUGAAGCAAAAAUAGAGUGAAACCACAAGUGUUAAGACCUUAGAGAUAAGUUGAAGUUAUAAUCAAGAUAUAUAUAUUUCUUGUAGAGAAUGGAAAUGGCUUCUGAUAAAACUGUGGAAACUGUAAUAGUUGGAAACUAUGUAGAAAUGGAAAGUGAAGGAAAACCACCUCAGGACAUAAAAUCUAAGUUAUCAAACUUCUUAUGGCACGGUGGUUCUACUUAUGAUGCUUGGUUUAGCUGUGCUUCCAACCAGGUGGCUCAAGUUCUGCUUACGUUACCAUACUCAUUUUCCCAGCUUGGAAUGCUUUCUGGCAUACUUUUUCAACUUUUCUAUGGUUUACUUGGUAGCUGGACUGCUUACCUCAUUAGCAUACUCUAUGUUGAAUACAGAACAAGAAAAGAGAGAGAAAAAGUUAAUUUCAGAAGCCAUGUUAUUCAGUGGUUUGAGGUUCUUGAUGGGCUGCUAGGGAAGCAUUGGAGAAAUGUGGGUUUAGGAUUUAAUUGCACAUUUCUUUUGUUUGGAUCUGUUAUCCAACUUAUAGCUUGUGCAAGCAAUAUAUAUUACAUAAAUGAUAAUCUGGACAAGAGGACUUGGACUUACAUUUUCGGAGCUUGUUGUGCCACUACUGUUUUUAUUCCUUCAUUUCACAACUAUAGAAUAUGGUCCUUUUUGGGCCUUGUUAUGACCACUUACACUGCUUGGUAUCUUACUAUUGCAGCUAUACUUCACGGACAGGUGGAAGGAGUUAAGCAUUCAGGUCCAAACAAAAUGGUUCUAUAUUUUACAGGGGCCACAAACAUUCUCUACACAUUCGGGGGACAUGCUGUUACUGUGGAAAUAAUGCAUGCUAUGUGGAAGCCUCAAAGGUUCAAGGCCAUAUAUUUACUGGCUACCCUUUAUGUUCUGACACUGACCCUUCCAUCAGCAGUAGCAGUUUAUUGGGCAUUUGGUGACAUGCUUCUAAAUCACUCCAAUGCUUUUGCUCUUCUCCCUAAAUCACCCUUCCGUGACAUGGCUGUCAUUUUAAUGCUCAUUCAUCAGUUUAUAACAUUUGGAUUUGCAUGCACCCCAUUAUACUUUGUAUGGGAGAAAGCAAUAGGAAUGCAUGAGUGCAAAAGUUUGUGCAAGCGUGCAUUGGUGAGAUUACCAGUUGUGAUUCCAAUUUGGUUUUUGGCUAUUAUAUUCCCUUUCUUUGGACCCAUCAAUUCCGCCGUCGGAUCUCUCCUCGUCAGUUUCACCGUUUAUAUCAUCCCCGCCCUUGCUCACAUCUUCACCUUUAAAUCUUCCUCUGCUCGACAGAAUGCUGUGGAACAACCUCCCAAGUUUGUUGGAAGAUGGGUAGGAACAUUUGUUAUCAAUGUAUUCAUAGUUGUGUGGGUCCUAAUUGUGGGCUUUGGAUUUGGAGGGUGGGCCAGUAUGGUCAAUUUUGUCCACCAGAUUGAUACAUUUGGACUCUUCACAAAAUGUUACCAAUGUCCUCCACCAAUACCAUCUCUUCCAAUAAUGCCACCUCAUCAGCUUAACGCCACCGCGCCGGCGCCUUCGCCUCACCACCAACACCACCACUGAUGAAGAAUUGUAUUGUUGUAGUCUUGAUGAGGCUUUGCUGAAUUGAUUAAUGCAUGAUGAAGUGCAUAUUCUAAUUGUUAUAUGGAGAAUGAUAAAUCAGCUUAAAGAACUUAUCAGUCACAUCAUGCAUUUGUUAUGUAUUGGUUGUGUCAUAAAUUAAUUAUAUUCCAUGUAGUAUUCUUCUUUAAUUUCUUUGUAUUUUUAGCUUUAAGGUAGUUGAGCUUUUUGUUGUGGUUAGUUUUCACAAGAUAAAUGAAAAAUAAAAAGAGAAAAAAGUUUAUGCAAA